AUGCGCGUGACACCCUCUCUCCUAAGCAAGGGCUUCAUUGGGAGAAGUGUGGAUGAGUUCAAGAGGCUCUCCAAUAUCGCUUUCAAACUCGAAGGCAUCAAGGGACCUUCGGGACCUUGGGAACUCCAUUCCUUCCAUGAAGCCGAUUCCGUGGACGACUGCAAAACAAUGUCCGAUGUAGACAUCGGCGGUUUCUCCACAGCCCACCUGGACUGGGUACCGGCGGCCCAGACAACGACAACAUCUCCCUCGAAUUCUCCAACUGGCGGAUAUGCUCGGUUUCACGGCACCAUCUCCACCGAACUGCCGAAAGACCGACCCGAUAUACAGCGUACAGGAUAUGCUGCGUGGCGCACACUGGAUAGGAAAAGGACGGUCUUUGGUAAAAGCCUAUGGGAUAUCGACCCUUACGCCUACCUCGCACUACGCAUCAAAUCCGACGGCCGGAGCUACUUUAUCAACGUGCAGACCGAGUCUGUGGUCCCUACGGACUUGCACCAACACAGAUUAUUUUCGAAGAGGCCAGGCGAAUGGGAGACAAUCGUUGUCAAGUGGAACGACUUUGUCCGAACGAACCAUGGUUUCGUCGUUGAACCACAGACCGAGAUACUGCGACAAAAGGUCCGAUCAAUCGGCCUGGGACUUACAGAUCGAGUACCGGGGCCCUUUGAGCUCUGUAUAGAGAGGAUAUGGGCGACGAACGACCCGAGUGAAGGAUCGCGUGUGGAGGACGGCCAGGGGCAGGAGGGAGAGCUCAAAAAUAAGCAUGGCGAGAAGAUUAGAUGGGGCGAAGCCUGA